UUCCAGGCCGGAAUUCGAAGUAACUUUCCGUAUAUUCUUUAGAGCAAUUUUUCAUAAAGUUUCAACAGAGUGCACUUGCGGCGAAGACAUUGGAAGAAUUUUUUUCAUUUUCGAAAUUGCCAUAAAACCUGCGUUUUCCAGUGUUGCCGUUCAAUUCAAUUAUAAAAUAAGAUUUUGAUGCAGAUAUUUUCUUGGGAAUACGGUUGGUUGAUAUUGGGAAGUCUUGUACUGUUCCAACUCGUAUAUAAAAGAUUUAUCUCACCGUUCAUUCAAGAUAUUCAACGGAGGAAGGAAUUAGAAAGAAGAAAAAAAUUUGACACUGAACUACAGGAGGCAUACGAGGAUCGUAUACGCGCAGCUCGUAAACGAGCUCAACAGGAAUUAGACAGCAAAGUAGCCGAAGCACAUAAACAUUUGAAAAGCGUCAUGGAAAAAGUGAACGCUACCAACAAACACUGUACAUCAUCAGGAACAUCGGAAGUUAGCAUGGAUCCGCAUAAGUUUGUUACCGGUUUGACAAAUUCAGCUCCAGUUGUUGUUUUCAGCAAAACCUACUGCCCAUAUUGCAAGAACGCAAAGCGAGCAUUAAGUACAUUUCGAAUGAGCGAUGAUUUAUAUAAAAUCAUUGAACUGGAUGAAAGAGAGGAUUGCGAUAAAAUCCAAGAUGUACUGCUACAGUUAACAGGGGCUAGAUCAGUUCCACGUGUUUUUAUUGGUGGGAAAUGUAUUGGAGGUUGUGAUGACACGAUAGCUGCACAGAGGGAUGGACGUCUUGAAAAAUUAUUGAAAGAAGCCGGUGCGAUAUAAAAGUGAACAUACAGCGCAUACAAUCGUCGAAUUUUAUUGUCGUUAUUUGUGUUUUUUUUAUUAAUCAAUAUUUAUGAGGAAGAAAUACGUAAUGUGGGAGAAUCGAAAUCAUUUCCCCAACCUAAGCUUUUCAGACCUUGACUUUUUAUAAAACAGUUCUCGGAGCUGUAGGUCAAUCUAAAAAU